CGUGUUUAUUUCCGGUGAACUUAGCAAAAUUUUGGAAUGGCCACGUCAAGAAAAUAAUUUUCAUUUUGUUUGUGAUUCAAGCGCAUAUUGAUUGACAUUGGUUGAUAUUUGUUUAAGUAAUAAUUUUGAAAGAUGGCAUCCAAUGAUAUUGGUGACUGGUACCGAGGAAUUCCUCAGAUAACGAAAUACUGGUUCACUGGAUCAGUGAUUGUUCCGAUUGCUGCAAGAUUUGGUCUGCUGAAUCCGAUGUAUCUGAUUCUGUUGUUCGAACCUGUUAUUUACAAGUUCCAGAUAUGGAGAUUGGUGACUUCAGUGCUUUAUUAUCCAAUAGCUGGACCAAAAGGAUUCCAUUACCUUAUUAACCUCUAUUUCCUAUAUUCCUAUUCCACAAGACUUGAAACAGGUGUAUUUGAUGGGAAGCCAGCAGAGUAUGUGUUUAUGUUGCUGUUUAACUGGCUCUGCCUUGUUAUAAUUGGUUUUUUUGCUGAUCUUAUGAUACUGAUGGAUCCAAUGAUUUUAAGUGUAUUAUAUGUCUGGUGCCAGCUUAACAAAGAUAUGGUUGUGUCAUUCUGGUUUGGCACAAGGUUUAAGGCAAUGUACCUACCAUGGGUGUUAUUAGCAUUCAACAUGAUUGUUGGAGGAGGGGGCCUGCUAGAGCUUCUUGGAAUCGUAGUUGGCCAUUUGUAUUUCUUCCUAAUGUUCAAAUAUCCACAGGACUUCGGAGGAGUGAGACUGCUCAACACACCACAAAUUCUUUACAAAUAUUUCCCAAACAGAAGAGGAGGGGUGUCAGGGUUUGGACAAGCCCCUGCCAGUCGAAGACGCCCAGAUAAUGAAGAUAAUGACCCAGGAAGACAUAGAUGGGGCAGAGGUGGUCAAGUUCUUGGAGGAAACUAGAUACAAUGAAACACCGCUCGCUCGAGCAUCGAUGACUCGAGCCCCGGGCUCGCUCGAGCAAUUCAUGCAGUCCCGGCCGAUUUCCUUCUAUUUUCUAUGUGAAAUUACCAUGGCUGGGUUGAGCAUCAAUAACUCAAUCGCUCGAGCAUGACACCUGGUCCCUGUGUAUUAAUUUACUCUUUGUUGCUUAUGGCAAACUCGAGCAGAGGUGUCAAAAUUUUUCACACCUUCGGCGGUCAGAAUGUAUCGGUUAAUUUAAAAUUUUCGCACGCCGUGAGAAUUGCAUGGUCUAUUCCCCGACUUUCUUAAAUGUUUGUUUGUCGGUAUAUUUGAUCUGAUAAUGAGAUUAUUUAUUGAUGAAAGGUGGAAGAAAAAUUGUAUUGAUCAAAAUUGUUAUUAUUAUUUUUUUUCUGCGGGAUCGAGAAGAUAAUUAUGAGAUCUUAAUAUUUUAAUCAACAGUUGUUUGCAUGCAAAUAAAGGAAAUAAGAUAGCCUUUUCAUAAAAUUGAGACGAUAAUUAUGAGAUCUUAAUUUGGAGAAGAAAAUUGCGAAUUCGAUUACAGUAUAGUCAAAUAAAAAAAAUUUAAAAAAAUAAAAUAAAAUGUCUUGGCUGUUUCUUCACAUGUGCCAUUUACGGUCUAUCAUAAAUAACGUUUGUAAUACGUUUUUUGAAAAUGUCACGAGUGUGUUAUUAUUACGCAUCACCGUUUCCUCUGCAAAUGGUCUCGAUGACAAUUGGUAAAACAAACUUCAAUUUUCUUCGUAUGUUGGUCAAUGUUUGGGUCGCUGGAAACCAUGGAUAACUCGAGCAUUUUGCUCAUCCCCUUGCGACCUCGAGCGAGCGGUGUUUCACUGUACUAUUAUAUGAAAUUUGAUUUUUUGGGGGACAAGAUUUGGACAAAUUGUCCAGACUUUUGACUAAACUAUUUGAAUCCACUUGUUUGCUGUUAAACAGAAUAAACCCAUGUGUCUUUCAAGACAGCAGACAGGGUGAAGCUGAUUAAAGACACCAAUUCACUGUAAACAGCGGAUCUAAUUAGUGAACAAGAGGCUCUUUCACAUUUUUUGUAUCAAUGAAAACAGAUAUUUCUAAAGAAUAAGUUAUAGAGAAAUAGUAGACGUUUUAUCUAUCAACCUGACUGAAAUUCAGUAUUGGCAGCUGCUACUUUAUCCAAGUGAGUGCCUUGAAUAUCUUCAGGUUGUGAUGCGUCCUCAGUUUUUAGUGUUAAAACAGAACUGGCUUUGUAGAUGUGCUUUAAAAUGAAAUUUGCAUAAUUCCAUCUAAUUGCAUGAGUUUUAAGACUUACCUGAUAGAAAGGCAAAAGUUACUAGUGCCUUAUCUUGCUACAGAUGAUAUCUGAUAAGAAUGGAAAAAAAAAUGAUGUGAUGUUAUAUUUCAUAUGAAGUUUAUGUCAUCACCUUGUAUUUACAUCUGCGCAUGAAAAAUAUUUGUUUACUCAUUUCUCAUUGUAACUGUACAGAAAAGUUGUGUUUGAUCAUCUUGUCAGUGUUUGCAUAAUAGAUGAAAAUGUAAUAGAGUAAUAGACAGACAUCUAGACAGACAAAGUCUGCAAGAAUAUGUAAGAUAUGUUAAUUGUUAAUUACAAACUGAAUGUUACAGAAACUCUGCUGGUUUGGUGUUCACAUCAGUCUUAGAUUUUCUAUGCUUGUUGCUAUAAUAAUACAUGAAGGUGCACACAAGUGGCUGAAAUAAUUCUCCGAGGUGUACACUUAAGGCUGAAAUAGCGCUAGGAGGAUCCCUUGGGAGUCUUUCUCCACCAAAAGCUACAAAGUCACCACAAGCAAUAAAUGUAAAAACCUAAAAUGUUUGCAGGUAUGCAGUUCAUAUCUAUUGAUUGUGUCAUUAUCACAAUGCCACAUAGUUUUACAUUGGAAAUCCAUUAUCAUUUUUCUGGUGAAGGGAAUAAUUGAGUUGCAUUUUUCUUUACUUUAGCAUUUAGCCUCCUGGCGGCAAGAGAUUUUGCCUUUAUGACCAGUGCAGGUUGAUCAUAAUCUGCACUGUUCGCUAUUCAGUCAGUAAACUUUCAGUGAACACCCCAUUGAAUAAUAAGUGGUGCUGCCCAAAUUAUAGAGUGGACCAGUCCAUUUUAGAAAUUCAGCAGGGUAAAGGUUGAGGCAACCAUUGAGGGCAAGUUUUUCACCAAUUUGUCAAGUGUCACAAAAUACAUUCAUUAUAUCAGUUGCCUGAUAAGGAAUUAUAGAAGUUUAAUCUAAAAGAUAUAUUUGAAGCUUUGAAAACUUACUUGGUUCUGGAAUCUGACAUUAGACUGUAAAGAGUGCAGACAUGCAUCAUAUAAGAAAUAAAACAGGGAAAAUGUUAAAAUAAGAAUUUGAUAGUUGUAUGAUGGUUUUAUUUUUAGUGUUCGUCAUUUUCUAGUCAAAUAUUCAUUUUCAAAACUGUUUAGAAACCCCAUUUUAAGAGGAGAAAAAUCAUUUAUAUCAGUAAUAUAGUUAUGAUACUAGAUUUACUUUAUUUAAGACAUGCUAAGUUGUUAAUUGUAUGUGGAUAAAGACAAAAUGAAAUAUUUUAUUUUUAGAUAUUAUUCGAAAUUUGUAAAUAUUUGUGUUUUGUUAGAUUGUAAAUCUGUUGUGAAUUAUUUUUAAAAUUCUUUAAUAAAAAUGAAAUAAAUACUUUAAGCUUAAUGAAAUAUGCAUUAACCAUUUCAAGUCAGUAUGCUUAUACAUUUAUUUAUUUUUGCCACCAGUUACCCAUUAGCGCAACUCCCACUGGAAAUGUUAGUCAUUUUUAGCUCAGCUAUAUGAAGUGUAUGGAAUGCUGUCGUACUCACCAUGGCCUCCACUACUUCCACAGCUUGGUUUGAUGCAUUUCACUUUAUCGCUACUAUUUCUUGAUGGAUUUGUUUCAAACUUAGAAUAGUUUUUCAACACAUUACCACCCACAUCAUAUGAGACACUGUCCAUAAUGCUGGCACCUAUGUUUCAUGAUUUAUCCCCAUUUUUUGAGAAUUUCAGAUUUGAUGCUUUCAAUCUGUUGCGGUUAUUUCAAAAUGGAUUUGACUAAAACUUAAGAUAGUUGUUUUUAUAUCAUCACCUGCAUCAUGUGACAAAAUGUACAUAAAUGCAGGAGAAAUAUUCCAAGAGUUAUGUCUCUUUAAUGCAUAGAAAUUCUGGUUGAAAUUUUGAUGCACUUUCACCCUAUCUAAAAUGGAUUUUACUCAAACUGUUGUCCAACACCAUCAUCCACAUCGGGGUAUUAAUCACUCCAGGGAUAUAACUAGAUUUCUCUGAUAAGCCAUAUUUCAUGAUCAAGCAUCAAAAUAGUCGAGUGUGCUUUCUCCUGCAACAGCUUAAUAUGUAUGUGAUGGAGAGUAAUGCAAGAUACAUAUGAUGCUGACAGUUCCAGACUGAAGCUUUCAUUGUUUGUGUGCAUGCACCAUAAUGCACAAGUAUGCAGAACUCUUUCCUGAAAGAAUGUUUUUUAAUUUGAGGGUCGCCAUAUGACCUAUCAUGUGUCAGUGCGAUGUUAAAUCCAACCAAAGAAAAAAAAAUAAUUUGAGGAGUGUUUGGUUAGCUUGCAAGCUGUGACUCCAGUAUUUUGAUACUUUAACCUUUAGCAUGCUAGAUAAAUUGUCGUCUGCUGGAAAUGUCGUCUGCUAAAAUUGUAAAGUUCAUUCAGUUUGCUCCAAAAUUGGAAGAAAUAUUGUCAGAGUAGCAAACAGCUUGGAACCUGAUCAGACGCCGAUUUAAUCGGCGUCUGAUCUGGUUCCAAGCUGUUUGCAAAGGCUGUUAAAUUCGCCUGCAGCGGGCCAAGAGUUAAAACAAUUUCUUGACUGUUACGAAAACGAACUUUAGGAAAACUUGAAGAAUACACCCUGACUCGGAGCAUCACUGCUAUUUUGGUAAAAUUAUGUUAACUGACAUUAAUGUAAAGAAUAUUUUUAUCAUAAUUUUAAACUAAACAUAAUUGUUCUGUGGGAUAAAAUUGUUCCUUAGUGUUUUAUAGUUUUACUAGGAUGAAAUAAUGUGUUCUUGUUUUGUUGAAAUAUACUUUUGCAAAAACUGAAAUUGAGGCAAUGUUAGUGACAUAAACAGAGAAAACAGAGAAAACUUUACAACAACAAACAAUUGUAUCAUAUCAUUCCUUCUUUGUAUAGUUUCAAUAUUUUCAAACUAUAUGCAUAUUUAUGAUGAAAUUAUGCUCCUUUAACAUAAUUCGUUCUGAAGAGAAAAUAAAAAAAGAAAAAGAUA